AUGAUCUGUGUCAUCAGCAAUGACGUCACUACACAUAUGACGUAAGCAGUGACGCAUUAGCUGAAUUAUUGCUUUUAUCCUUUAGCGUCAGCAACACAUGAGUAGUGCUGCAUGCGUUGUCAUUUGUCAUCUUGUGUCGGCAAGCUUCAAUUAUUGUACUAGUGGCAAUAAUCCAAAAACCCUGCCUAACCGGUAUCCAUACCGGCUUGACAGGUCGCCAGACUUCGCUGCCUAUAAAUUCAGCCUUAAGCUGAGCAUCCGGGCAUCAGAAGUUUAUCAGAGUUCUAGCUUUCACUUACUUGUAUUCGAAAGGUUGGAGCACCGCCUCCUCUUUCAAUAACAGCUCAGGCUUUUCCUUCAUUCUAGUUUGCUGUUACCUCUUUUGUUCCCUAUCUUCCGCACCUCGCAUUUCUCGCAACGCAUUUCUUUUGGUAUCAGAGCCUGGUUUGCAAGUAAGUGUGGUUUUCCAGUUUCUCUUAUUUUCCUCUUGGAGUUUGUGGUUUAGGGUUUCAUUGCCAAAAAUCUUUGUUAAAGACCCAGGUCAAAGAGGCAGUAGGUAAGCCCUCGUACAAGAUCAUAGGUUGCGCAUAGGUUUUUGAAAACUAAACCCAAAAUCCUAAACCCUUGUAGUCAAGAUACGAGAAAUUCAGAAAGUCCUCUCUGCUCUUGCAGACAUGCAAGCUAAACUCUUGUUCUUAGAAAACCAUUGUUUUAAGAUAGAAACCCAAAUUAGUCAUCUUUCAAAUACAAUUUCCCAUAGCAAACCCAUAACCUCGUCUACCCUUCCCAGUGCAACCCCCUUGCAAAAUACCAUACUUGAACAUUUAGUAGUGUUAAAAUAGAUUGUAAUGGGGAACCGGGUCCAUAUCUGGACCCGGUCCCAUGGGGCACGGGUACCAAGGCUGACUAGGUACCCUAGGCGGCACUCUUUCUCUCCCUCUUAUAUAUUCUUCACUUACGUGUAAUUGUUGAGUUAAGUGAAUAGAUUUUCUCUCUCCUAGGGUUGCGGUGGUGCACCUAGGUUAGAGCUUCCCCGUGGUUUUUUCCUCUUUCUGAGGUUUUUCCACGUAUACCGUGUGUUCCUUUCUUCUUCCUUCGUGUGUUGCGUGUUUCUACAUGGUAUCAGAGCCAGGUUGGUGAGAUCGUUCGUUUGCAUCUCGUGUUUCCGCCGUCGUCCCUGCGCCGCUGCCGCCUUUGGAGUUUUUUUUUCGGCCGCCAUUGGGGUUUCCUGCGCCGCCAGUUUCCGCGCACCCGCUGUCGAAGUUCUUUCUGCGCCUCCGCCGUCAGACGAUCCAGCGCCACCGCCGGUUGCCUUCUGAAGUUUCCGCUGCCGUGGGUGUCUCUCUUCUCCGCCGUCGGACGAUCCAGCGCCAUCACGGCUCUCGCCGCCGCCUUGGUUUCCGUGUGGCGCUGGUGUUUCAGCUGCUGCUGUGUCGUCUUGUUGCUGCCUGGUGUUGCGUCUGACUUGACUGCUUGUGAUGGCGGAAGAGAUCGCACCUAAAAGUGAUGUGGCCUUUGACGCGGGCAGCGCUCCCAAGAGCGAGAACUUGCCGGUCCAGGUCACGCCCAUUCGUCUGACUAAAGAUAACUAUCUCUCUUGGUCUGCUGCUCUCGAGAUUGGGAUAACGAGCCGUGGUCGUCUCCCCUAUAUCACAGGCGACAAACCGGCGCCCAGCAAAACUGAUCCUCAAUGGGCGACUUGGGUGUUGGAAGACAGUCAGGUUAAGGUGUGGAUCAUUAGCUCUGUGUCCGCUGAUAUUCAGCCUCUUAUUCUGCGAAAGCCGACUUCGUUUGAUAUGUGGACUGUGCUUGCGAGGAUGUAUGGUCGCAAGAAAAGGGUUCUGCGUACGUACCAGAUUAAACGCAGUAUUUAUUCUCUGAAACAGGGUGACUUGUCCGUUGCCUCCUUCUAUGCAGCCCUGAAAACUAAGUGGGAGGAACUUGAUUAUCAUGUGAAUGAUAACUGGGACUGUGGUUCCGAUCAUGCCCGGUACUGGGAAAAGGAAUGGAUGGACCGGACGUUCCUUUUUCUUGGAGGCUUGCGUGAUGAAUUUGAAUCCAUUCGGAGUCAAAUUCUCAAUUGUGAUGAGAUUCCUGGAAUAGAAGAUGUAUAUGCCAGAGUGGAAUCCGAGGAACAAAGACGCCAAGUGAUGCAGAUUGACCCCAGUCAUGGGAGUGGUCCCUCGGCCUUUGUUAGCCGUUCUUCUGUGCCUGGCCAGCGCCCUGUUAGGCGAUGUACCCAUUGUCAUAAGUCAAGACAUUCUGUUGACUUUUGUUGGGAUCUUCACCCUGAGAAGAGACUUGUUCGUGGUCGCCCUCCGUCUAGUCGGCGAGGUUCUCUUGUGCAGGACUCAAAUCAGAGUGGUUCUUCAAGUGGUGAAAAGUCGAGGCUUUCCCCGGAUCAAAUCAAGGAACUACAAGCUUAUAUCAGUCGUCUUUCUACUACGUCAGAGGACACAUCUACGUCUGAUGGAGCUAAGUUAGCUCAGGCUCUUGUUGCUACUAGUGAUCAAGGACUUGGGGACGGGGCAGAAGAUUGGGAUUGGUUCGGCUAUUGAUGGUCUCUACAGAAUGCCAGUACAGGUUGCUUCUGCUUUGAUUUCAGCCACCAGUGGACAGUUGUCUGGCGUGGAGGACAGAUCCGUUAUUAUGCGCUGGCACGAGAGACUUGGUCAUCUUCCUUUUCAAUUGAUUAAACAGUUGUUUCCUAAGAUGUUUCAGUCUGUUUCUUUGGACACCUUCGCCUGUGAAGUGUGUCAGUUGUCUAAGCAUGUUAGGGCCUCGUACCCUAUUUCGUUCAACAAAACCAACCGUCCAUUUGCUUUGGUUCACUCUGAUGUUUGGGGUCCUUCGGGAGUACCCACUUGUCGUGGUUUUCAUUAUUUCAUGACUCUUAUUGAUGACUACUCUCGGUGUACGUUCGUGUAUUUGUUGAAAGAACGUAAUGAAGUUCCCGGCAUU